AUGUCUCCCGUUCUGUCUGUAGAGGAGGCGAAGAAGCAGGCCGCCGUCAGGGCCGUUGAGGACCAUUUCGACCCAAGCGCGCGCUAUGUCGGUAUCGGUUCCGGCACAACCAUCGUUUACGUCGUCGAGGCCAUCAAAGUCAAGAGCACCAACCCCCACAUCCAAUUCGUGCCCACCGGCUACCAGUCGCGACAGGUCAUCGUGCAGGCCGGCCUUACGCCCAUCGCUUUCGAUUCGCUGCCCGAUGGCGAGGUGCUCGAUGUGGCUUUCGACGGUGCCGACGAGGUCGAUGACGAGCUUAACUGCAUCAAGGGCGGCGGCGCCUGCCUGUUCCAGGAAAAGCUUGUAGCCGAGCGCGCGAAGAAGUUCAUCUGCGUCGCAGACUACCGCAAAGCGCAGUCGCGCCUCCUUACCCAAUGGCCCAGCAUCCCGAUUGAGGUUGCGCCCCUCGCCGCGCAAACCGUCUCGCAUGCGCUGCGCCAACUGGGGUCCAUCAACCCUGCCGUACGCACCCACACGCUCGCCAAGACUGGCCCGGUCAAGACCGAUCAAGAUUUCUUCAUCAUCGAUGCGCCGUUCAAGCCCCUUUUGACCCCAUCGGAUGUUGCUGGAGGUAAGAGCGGUGACGGCAAGGACGGCGAGUGGGAGGUCACGGCGCUCAGCAAGAAGAUCAAGGCCAUAACUGGCGUUCUGGAGGUGGGCAUUUUCAGCGGCCUGAACGGGGAAGAAUCGCACGCGCAGGGUCUCUGGGGUGGCCAGAAGCCUAUUGCUGUGUACUUCGGCAUGCAAGACGGCAGUGUCAUGGUGAGAAACGCCAAGAAAUAG